AUGUUUCGAUUUCACAAAACUCUCGAUGUUAUUACUCUCUUCCACAAGGCAAGCUCCCCAGCUUCGUUGAGAGUUUUCACUCUUUUGAAGCGAGCAUCUGCCAAUGCCGCUGCAUUCGCGACGGAAGAUCAAGCUAGCGAUCUCGCUGCCAAUACCACACCACAAAGAGACGAGUUUGAACUGGAAGUCACCGAAUCUGCACCAACCCCAGAUCAACUUAGGAGCAUUCUCGAAUUUAUGGGCCCAUCAAAGAUUGGCAGCAUUGUUACGGGUGCAAAGGAUGAAGCGGACGCUGUAAGGAAGAUCAAAUCGAAUGAGGAUAGUUUCCAAAGACCUCUGACUGUGGAUUGGAGCAAUGGAAGAGCAGUGGCUGGAGACAAUGAAUCUGAGAUAUUGAAGAUGCUCAAUGCUCUACCUAAAAAGUAG